UAAAAAUCAGUUUCAUGAACCUCGACGAUGUCUAUAAUUGGUAUAUAUAUAAGCAUUGAGAUCACAGGAUCCUUGGCCAUAGUCAAAACUAUCCAGGGAAACACCAGGAAUCCCAGCCAAGAACUAUUGCAUCUUAUAAGCCACUUGAAGCAAAAGCUCAAUUUCAUAUAGUCAUCAAGGCUACUGCAGAAUACAUUAAAGAGAAAAUGCUUAACGGAAAUGUAAUCAUACUCAUUGAUUACUCUAGGGUGUCAAUAUGAAGGAGUUGGGAGCAUUUACAAUGGAAGUUAAUUCAGAUUAUGUUAAGCCACUCCAACAUUCAGGAUUUAACAUGACUCAAGAUUUGGGAAUUCAAAGGGCAGAGAGAAAACAUGUUCAUCAGAUAAGGUAGAUCAUUGUUAUCAUAGAUCAAGACCAUGUUUUGUUCCUGACAAUUCUUUUAAAUAUUUCUUGGCUCGUUAUCCUGGAAAAGAGGAAAUAACAAAGCCUUUGAGUCAACAUUCCAUAUAUUAAAAGGGCUUUGGAAUGAACUUUUGCAAUGCUGGACCCAUUGCUGCAUCUUGGUAAGACGAAUGUUAAUGAAAUCAGUUAUUUAGGCAAGGAUGUUGUAUAAUCCAUACACAACUCAUUGAUCAAGGCCAUUCAUGAUCUUACUAGAUUGGGACAUAACUUAAAUAUAGAUUUUGGAUUCAUCAAAAUUAGUGUUGUCAAUAGAGACCUAAAAUAUAAAUACGAAUAGUCAUUUAUUAAUCGAUUAAAUUAGACUGAUUAUGAACUCAAAGUAUACAAAUAUCUUUAUUAUUAUUUAGAUGCGUUAAUCUGAUUUAGCCACAUCUUAACAUUGGACAACCACUUACUAAGAGAAAUGGUCUAAGAGCACGUAUAAACAAUUAAUUACUAUAUUAGUUUAAAUAAUUUAUUAACACGUCCAAAUCCAGGUUAAGUACAAGAUAAUUAUGAAAAAUCUAUGGCAUUGAAAAUCAUGUCACUUGAUCUCAACACAGCUGAAAAAACAGAUUAUAGCAAAAAAUAGAAAGUGCAAUUACCAGCAUUAAAUAAAUGAGUUUGUUUUAAAAACAAUACCAAAUAUUAAUAAAUAUU